GUCAAAAUUAGUCUUUUUAACAGAAAAUGGGCGGGAAAACAUCUAUGAUGAGAGGGGGAAUGAAGCAAUAGAUAUUAUAGAUGAACUAGCCGACCCAUUUGCCAUCAAGCAAACUAGUCAGCCUAGAUUCAGCGAAUAACAUUGAGAGGGAAACAUCCGUGCCUAAAAGCACUGAAAGAGCCCCCAAAUAUCGUGAUUAUAGCCUCUCUACAAGAGAGUUUUUUUUUUUUGAAACAAGAUAGAAAACCUGAUGUCAGUCAAGGCUGCUGCACUUCAGGUAGGUGUCAAAGAAAGCACUGCGCGCAUCUGGUGGAAAAAAUACCAAGAAGAUCCUGAUUCAUUUGUUCUCAGCAAGAGCACCAAUCGCCAGAACAGACCGAAACCACAGCUUCAGGAUACACAUAAGGAAUGCUUGAAACAAUUUUACGACGCAGAAUCCUAAUGCCUAUAGGAUGCUGUUGAAACGCUCACGAGCAAGUUCGAAGGCCUGAGAUAAAAAAAAGUCAAGAGUGCACGAAUUCAUGAAGAACGAAUGUAGCUUGACUUUCAAGCAAACAACUCUCUGGUCUGAGGCAAGAAUGAGUUCGAGCACAAUUAAGAAACGUUACAAUUGGGUUGUUGAAUAGAGUCUAACGGACAUGGAAUAUUCCCAAAAUUGCGUGUUUAUUGAUGAAGCCGGCCUUGACAUUAAUAUGAAGUAAAGCAGAGCAUAGGCACCAAGGGGUCCAAUGGCAGUAACUACUACCUCUACGACAAAAGCCCCCACUCAUACCAUUCUUGGUGCUAUUUCAGCAGUUGGUGUUAUAAAUUUGAAUAUACGUAUUCCAAGACAGUCACCAAAA